AUGGAAAAAGCGCGAGACAUGUAUACCGACAGCGUCAGUCAUUGGAUGGACGGCCGCAAACCUGUCGUCGAGGAAGAAUCACAUUGGAUCGAUGAACGUGAUGACAUAGCGAGUCUGGGACUCCAAGUCGAAGACUACCACCUUUUCGAGAAGUGGGCGGAAGAGAAGUUCUCUCGGGUCUUUGUGACAAAGAAACAUCAGAAUCGGCCACUCUUUGGUGAAGAAGUGCGCUUCUACUCAUCGACAACCAUCCGCCGGGUGGUCAGAUGCUUCCUAACCCUGAUCAGCGUCAUCAUCCUCAUUGGCCCACUCUUUGCUUUGUCCUACACCAGGGGACAAGAAUACCGUUUGACACUCAUUGCCUGUUUUACGUUGGUCUUUGCCUCGGCGAUCGCCUUCGUAACCAAGAGCCGGAAUUUCGAAGUUUUUGUGGCGACGGCAGCGUAA